CAUCAACAACAAACACAUAAUUAUGUAACCUUUGAAAGGUUGCCAUGCCAAAUUCUCACAGGUGUUGUGGAUAAAAUCUGGUUGUAGAAAUUUGUGACACAAGAUGAAGAUUGCCGUUGAGGGCUGUUGCCAUGGAGAACUGGACAAGAUCUACGAGACGCUGGCAUACCUGGAAGACGUGAACAGUAUUAAAGUGGACUUGCUGCUAAUAUGUGGGGACUUCCAGGCAGUCAGGAACAAGGCUGACCUCCAUUGUAUGGCUGUGCCACCAAAAUAUCAACACAUGAACACAUUCUACAAGUAUUACUCAGGAGAGAAAAAGGCACCUGUGUUGACCGUCUUCAUUGGGGGAAACCAUGAGGCUUCUAACUAUCUGCAGGAGUUAUUGUACGGUGGCUGGGUUGCACCUAACAUAUAUUACAUGGGUUAUGCCAAUGUUAUCCAGUUUGGUGGACUUAGAAUUGCAGGCUUGUCUGGUAUAUACAAAGCCAACCACUACUCACUGGGUCAUUUUGAGCGGCCACCAUACUCUGAUAAUUCCAAGAGGUCAGCCUAUCACAUCAGAAACUUGGAUGUCUUCAGACUGAAGCAGAUUUCACGACCCCUUGACAUAUGCAUGUCCCAUGACUGGCCACGUGGCAUUUACAACUUUGGGAACAAAGAUGCGUUGUUACGUCACAAGCCCUUUCUGAAGCAGGAGGUAGAGGAAGACAGCCUGGGAAGUCCCCCCGCGGAGGAAUUAUUGUACAAGCUUCAGCCUCAGUACUGGUUCUCUGCUCACCUCCACACAAAGUUUGCUGCUCAUGUUGAGCAUCAGACAGAAGAUUACAGGUGUAAAACUACAAAGUUUCUCUCUCUGGACAAAUGCCUGCCCAAAAGACACUUUUUGCAGGUGAUAGACUUUCCACACGAUGAAGGGUUCCCUCUUAAGCUAGAACUGGAUCCUGAAUGGCUGUGUAUUCUCAGAUCGACCAAUCAUUUGCUGAGUUUAAGUCGUAACAAGACUUUUAUGCCUGGACCAGGGAGCUCAGAAAGGUGGGACUUCACUGUGUCCAAUCAAGAAAUCGAAUCGGUUAAGGAGGACUUUGGAAAUGAUCUGACGAUUCCUGAGAAUUUCAUUACGACGGUACCGGCGUAUACGGUGGCCGAAUCGGGACGCAGUGUCUCUGAGUACCCACCCCCUGAUAUACACGUUAAUCCUCAGACCACCCUUCUCUGUACCAUGCUAGAACUGUCCGACCCAAAUGCCAUGUUUUUAGGGCGAGAUUCCAGUUUCAGUCUGGACGUCGAGGACGCUGCUAACUCGUCCGCGGCCGCGCGCAUUUCCGACGACGAAGACGUGAACUCGGACGGCGAUGAGACGGACGAUACGAACUUGACGUUUGAGUCGUCAAUAGAUGCGACGUUGGACUUGUCCUGUAAUCCGGACGAAAUACCGCUUGAGAAUGAUAAUGAUGAAGAUGAAGGUAUUGGCGAAAUGGAAGGCGAGAGUGAGGCUAAUAUCUCGACGGCGUCGUCUGGCGCUGGUGAGGUGGAUGACGCGGAGGAAAGCCUUGGGACUUUGUCCGGAAUCGCACCGAUUGUUGAGAUAUCGGGCCUUAAGGAAGAAGAGGACGAGCUUCAGGAAAUAUUGGCAGCUCAGGCAUCUAUGGGUGCAAGCGCCGAUAAGAAAGUUUCUGAUGCGUCAGCGUCGGAUUCGCAGUCAGAGAUUGGCGCUGUACGCACAGCCCCAGGAUUUUCUGAUCCUGAAAGAAGCGACAAAUCUUCGCAAGACGAAAGAGAGGAAGACAAUGACGAGGACGACAAUGAACUGGGUGAAAUUCUUGCGGCUCAGGCGAAAUUGAAAGGUUCUCCAGGGCAGUGUGAUAGCUCGUCUGGGUGUCAAGAACCGGUCUCCACCGUGGAGUCGUCGCAAAGUUCAAGGUCAUCAGGAUCAAAGCAAAAAUAUAACAUGUCAUCUGCGGGGGAAGGGGAAGAACUACCAACGUCGAAAAAGUUCAGACGCCGAAAUAUUUCCAUGUAUGCUGGUGAAGAAGAAGAUUGUGUCUAAACAUUCUCUUCAGUUCUUUUUUUUAAAUUCAUUUUAUUCUCAUGACUUUCUUUUAAUUAUAGCCAGAUGGGGAUUUUUGUGGGACCUGCAAAUGGAUGACUCGGUAUGGUUUGAAUACGUACAAUAUGGCCAGUUACGACUUUUGAGUUCACAGCUAGGUGACUUUUUUAUUUUUAAGUUUCCAGUAUGCCUUUUAAUUGUGUAAAUUUCAAAUCGUUUUGAAACUUAUUCCAGAUUAAUUUACGUUGUAAAAGUAUCUGAAGGGCUGCGUAAGCCUUGCUUAGAACCUUUUUGGGUUACCGGUGAGUGGCAUGUAUUUAGACUUCAUUGCCGUCAUUCUACGGUCAUUAUUCUGUAUCAGGCAUGUGUAUGAUUGCGUUGUUCGAUUUCGUCCUAAGAUCUAUACCAAAAGGUUACAAAAUAAAUGGGCACUUUUCCAAAGCACGGCUAGAACAUGUAUGUCGUUUCUAGGUCGCCACCUAGUUUGUUGUGCGUUGGGUCUAAAAACUUGAAUUACCCAGCUGAUCAGAGUUAUGGCCCUUGAUAUCUCACAGUGAGGCAUAAGGUUACAGUAAUUCUGACUUGGGUCUGUUCUUAAAUCUUAUUCGCUGAUGGAGUAAAAAAAAUGUUCUUUAUAACACAUUAACUACCUGAAUCUUCCUGUAUUUAUGAUUAUAAGAAAACACAGGUGUCGUCAAGUUGCCUCGACCAUUCACGUGGGACCUGUAUCCAUAAUCCUUCCAUGAUUGGUUGCGGCCAAAACUGCUGAGACCAGUGUUUCCGGAAAACGCUCACAGUUUACAGGAUAUAUCAGGUGGAGGUUAUUCACACUUGGCAUUCUCUUUGAUGAUGACGACAGAAUUGUUUCCCUCGAUUUAAAACUUGCAAUGGUUUUAUACGUGUAGUAUACUGUUAUAUGUAAGUGAUUGAACAUUGUUUACAGUACACCUGCUUGUUAUGAAAUGUUAUGAAAUAAAAGCAAA